AUUUAUUUGUGCAAGUUUUCUUUCUUAUGUUUACACGUCUUCAAGCAGUUUUUGAUUUAAAAAAAAUUUAUAUUUAUGAUUUGAGGAGCUUUCUUUGCCUUAUUUUUAUCAUAAUCAAAACGAUAAGUGUUUAAAUUUUAAGUUGCGACAUAGUUUAAGUUAGAUUUAGUGAAAAUAAUGACAGAAACGACAAAGAAUCUUAAAGGCAAAGUCAAAUCGGUUUGUCAGGAGUGGCUCGUGAGGGAGGAUAACGCACUUGCUUAUCAGUUGCAAAAUCAAGAAAUCCUCGACCACUACAAAGGAAAUCGUUAUCGUAAUCAAAUCGUCCGUGAAGAUUUUCCUCGAGCCCUUUCGGAGCAAAUCAGAGAGAAAGAAGAUGCUGAGCGUCAAGCAAUGCUUUAUCAUCAAAUGAUAGAGGAACAGGAACAAGCAGAUGCAGUUGUAGCACGUGAAUAUGCAGAUCGAUUAAGACGUGAGACUGAAAUUGAAAGAAACAUACAGCAAGAGAAAAGUGAAAUGUUGGCAAGGAAAUAUUUGCAGCAACAAAAUAUUCAAGCAAGACCAAAAGGUGAUGAACCAGCAGUUCCAAUCCCACCACGACCAAAUCAACCGAAACCCUCAAACAACAACAAUAAAUAUCUCGCCCACUCACCCGAUACAUCUCCUCAACUUCAUUAUGCAUGCCUUGACCUUAUGCCACCAGAUCCACAAAGAAAACUCGUUGUAGCAUCUCCGAAAUAUACGAAAAUUAAUUUGCAAUCACAUACACCAGAAAAGGUUGUUGUAUCAGCUAAUGAAGCUAUACCUCCACCGCCACGCCCUGCAAAGUCAGCGCACUUAAGAAAUUUUCCACCCAGUCAAGAGUCACAACAACAAAUACAAAAGAACUCAUUCGAAGGGGUCGACAGCAUUCGGCAAUUUUCGGAUGUUGACAUUGCACUCGAUGAAGCAUUUGACCAAGAAAUGCAUAAUUUAGAUAUUAACAAUUUACAAAAAUCAAGUCAUGAGCAUGGUGUUCCUCAAUAUAAUCCAAACAUUAAUACACGACAUCCACAUCAUAAAUAUCUUGAGGAACGAAAUCGUCAAGUUGAAAAAGUUAAUGGAAAUGCUAGAAAGUACAAUCAUUAUGAUGAUGAUGAUGAGAUUGAGGAAGACAAUGCUGUAGGUGGAAGCCAAUCGGGAAUUUCUUCAAAUUUAUCAAUUAUUGAAGCUCAGCAACAACCGUCUACAUCAAAUUAUCGAGAAAAGAUUGAAAGGUUGCAAGCACUUAAAGUUCUUGGACUUCCAUCAGAAGAAAUUUGUGAAAUUGACAAGAGAAUUGAACAAGAAAAGAAAGAUGAAGAAUUAGCUAGAAUGCUACAAGAAAGUGAAAACAGAAAUACAGAUCAAGAAGAAUUGGACAGAAAAUUAGCAAUUGAGGCACAAGACAAGGAACUUGCAAAGAUGCUACAGGAACGUGAGAAGGCUAAAGCAAAGCGUGCAAAAGAGCGCGCAAGACAAAAACGAGAGUUGAUGAAACAACAGCAGCAGCAACAAAAUGGACAGCCUAUAGACCCACAAGAUCUGGAUGGAGACAGUUACUCGAAUCCAGUUGAUAUGCUCCAAGCAAAUGAUCCGAAUUAUAGUCACCGCUACCAACACUCACCAGAUAGUCAACAACAUCAACAGCAAAAUCCACAAUUUUUACAUCAGAAGCAAAGCAGCUAUAAUUCUCAAAGUUCUGGAGGAAGUGGCUACAAUCAUGCUCAUCAAAGCUCAAAUGAUGAUUCUUAUUCUAAUCCAGUUGACAUGGUUCCACCACCACUCCUUCAAAGAGCUGCUCAACGUCCAAAUCAUUUGGAAAUACGAGGACAAAUUAAUCGUCCACAAGCUCCGAGAGCUCAUUUGCCAGAGGAUCAAAAUAUUGCCACAAUGAUUGAUCCAACUUAUGCCACACCAUCGCCACCGAAAAUUCCACAAAAUAUUGUUCCCAUAGUGAAACCAACACCGCCUGAUAUUUUGGAAUAUUGUGAGAAUAAUGGUGAUGAACCAUCAACAGCACCAUACAUGCCGAUACAAGGAACACGACGAACAGCAAACAAUGAUAAGAGGAAGAAACAAAAGGAAAGAUGUAAUCAGCAAUAAAUGAUUGAAUUUUGAACACUUUUAGUAUAAUAACAUACAUUAACAUAGGCAUAAAUGAAUGUUACGAAUCUACAACAAACUUACUUUGGUUCUGGACACAGAGUUGGAAUUUUUGGUAUUGAUGGCAACGGUUUUUGAUUCGUAAUUGUUUCAAAAAUUUGAUCUUUUGGAAAAAUUUGAAACUUUAGAUGAAAUAAAUUCAAAAUUUAAAUUUUAAUAUUUUUUUUUAAAUACUACAAGAUUCCCUUCUUUGAUUCCAAAGCCAAAGCAAUUUACUAUAUCCUUAUUUAUUUUGAAGAAAAUCCACUAAACACAUCAACAAUUUAUCAGAAUUUAAUUAUAAUAUCACGCACAUACACAUCUAUCCAUGACAAUAAGUUUGAUGAAAAUGUUGUUAUUAUUCUAUCAAUAGAAUCACAUACAAAAAAGCUGUUAUUGCCAAAAUUUGAUUAACACAUGUUUGCAUAAUAAUUUGAAUGAUAAUUGAUAUUAAUUCCAUAAUGUAUUUUAAACACAUAGACUGUAUUAAAUGGGAAUUGUUUUGUAGAAGUUGAAACAUGGGUAUGGAUGGAAGUGCAGAAAUUUUAGAAAAACAUUAGAUCCAAACCUUAAACAUAGUUAUCCAUACUUAUGUCAAUCAAAUUACAAGAGACUUUCUGGUAUAUUGUUAAUACAAAGACUUCGUUAUGCAUUGGCACUUUAAGAUUUUUAAUAGAAAUUUGUUAAAAUAUUUUUGUAAAAUACAAAAAAAGUUUAAAAUUGGAAAUUUUCUCAAAAAAAAAAUAAUUUCUACUUUAAUCAUUAAUUUCAUCAUACUCGAUUUUCAUAUACAUACAUUUAAAUCCAUUAUUGUAAAUUAAUUAAAG